AUGAACAACAACAACAACAACAACGCGCAAGCUGGUGGCCAGCAAGACUACCUCGACAAAGCCUUCAACGCUGGUGCGAAGAAGUUUGGCGGUGCGCAGGGACAGAAGAUCGCAGGGAACCGCGGCAUGAGCGAGAAGAUUACCGACGGAAUGCGUAGCGCGUACGAAAAAUUGACUGGAAAGAAAGUCAACCCGAAGUACUCAAACUAG